GCUUUCUGUUAAGAACCUCCACCCUCCUCAGCGCCUCUAGAGCCUGCGCCUCAGGAACAUCUCCCUCCUUUCUGGGAGAGCACCCGAGAGGACACGAAACACCUCAGCCUCUCUAGCCUUCCAUCACGUCUUUGUGCUCAAAUAACAUCGAAAAGAACGAGCCCCAGCAGAUGUGAGACCAUCACUCUUUACCUUUUGUCGGAUUAUCAGUUUGAAUGAGUUCCGCUUUCUUUGGCUCAACAUCAGCAUCAACUGAGCACUGCCAUCCUCCUCCUCAUCAUCAUCCUGUUUGUCUUAGUCCUCGUCCUCGUUCUCUGUCUUCAUUCAUCAAGCAGUCUCACCAUGUAUCUGGAGAACAAAACCAGCCUGGAGAUUGAAAUGUCUCAGACGGCAUCCCAAGGCCACCAGGGCAGGAGCAGCCUCAGGUCACCGAAGGCGGUGGCAGGGAACUUCGGGGAACUAUGUCUGCUGGAGGGCAUCUCGGAGAGGCUAGACACCCAGAAGCUGCAGCAGUCUGCAGGACAAUGCGUCAUCCACACUGAGGGCUUCGUCCCCAUUCGACAAGAGGACGGUUUCAGGAAAAAUUUCAGUGCUGUCAACAUCCUCAGAGGAAAAACUAACUCAGCCAACCUCACAGAGAGGUCGCCUCUGCUGCGAUUCUCUCAAGAUGACAGCAUAACCUACAUGACCCUACAUGACCCCAGCUUUGUUGGAGGGGAGGAGCCCUGGAACAACGGCUCCCUGGACGUGGAGAGGCGGUACCGGCUGGGCAGCGAGGUCACCAGCCUGUCGCUAUCGCACUCCAGCUCCUCGGAGAAGUACGACCCUCUGGACAACCUCAACCUCAGCUUCAGGUUCACAAGCAAUGUGAAAUGCUGCUUCAAAGUCUCCAAAACUGCCACCAUCUUUGCAUUUGUUGUUCUCUGCAGUCUGUUCUUCAGCAUGUAUCCUGAUCGAGACAACCCCUGGAGGAUGCUGGCAGUCUCUUCCACAGAGAGUUUCUCAAUGAAUGUGACUGAUUUUCGGGACAAUGCUUUACUGAAGCUACAGGUGGCCGGGCCUUUUGCAGGGGGGAUGAUAGAUUUGACCACUCAGGAGUACAUCCUCAUUCAGGUAGAGCAGACCGAGCAGCCAGGACAGCGGCGGAGGAGGACUCAGCAGGUGACUCAUAAUUGGACCAUCCCUCUACAUGCAGAAAGAAGCGACCAGAUAGUGGAAACAAAAACCUUUGAGAUGCUCAACAGUGAUCCCAUCGCCAUCACAAUUCAGGCGUUCCUGCAGGAUAACGAGGUGGUGCCGCUAUCCAUGACCCACCAGCCGCUUUACGUCAGCGUGGAGACACAGGUGGCCAUCGCUGGAAUCAUCCUAGCUGGGGUCUAUGUUCUCAUCAUCUUUGAGAUUGUGCACCGCACCCUGGCUGCCAUGCUGGGAUCUUUGGCAGCCUUAGCUGCUCUGUCUAUCAUCGGGAAUAGACCCAGCCUUGUUACAGUGGUGGAGUGGAUCGACUAUGAGACGCUGGCUCUUCUGUUUGGCAUGAUGGUGCUGGUGGCCAUUUUCUCAGAGACUGGCUUCUUCGAUUACUGUGCAGUGAAGGCUUACCAGUUAGCCAGAGGAAGAGUGUGGCCCAUGAUCAUCAUCCUUUGUCUCAUUGCUGCCAUUUUAUCUGCUUUUCUGGACAACGUGACCACUAUGAUGCUUUUUACUCCCGUCACUAUAAGGUUGUGUGAGGUGCUUAAUCUAGACCCCAGACAUGUCCUGAUUGCAGAAGUAAUCUUCACCAACAUUGGAGGGGCCGCCACAGCUGUCGGAGAUCCGCCCAAUGUGAUUAUAGUAUCAAAUCAGGACCUGCGCAGAGAAGGGAUUGAUUUUGCCAGUUUCACAGGCUACAUGUUCCUCGGAAUAUGCCUCGUCCUUUUUACCUCAUUUCCUUUCCUGCGGAUGCUCUACUGGAACAAAAAACUUUACAACAAAGAGUCCAUUGAAAUAGUUGAACUCAAGCAUGAGAUCCUGGUUUGGAGGCAAACGGCUCAGCGCAUAAACCCCGCCAGCCGAGAGGAGACAGCUGUGAAAUGUCUUUUAAUGCAAAAAGUCCUCAACCUGGAGAGUCUGCUGCGAAACAUGAUGAAGACCUUCCAAAGACAAAUUUCUCAGGAGGAUAAGAACUGGGAGCAAAACAUCCAAGAACUGCAGAAGAAGCACAGAAUUACUGACAAAGUUCUGCUGGUGAAGUGUGUGUCCGUCCUUGCCGUUGUGAUCUUCAUGUUCUUUCUCAACUCCUUCGUUCCCAGCAUUCAUCUCGAUCUUGGUUGGAUCGCUAUCUUGGGUGCGCUCUGGCUUUUGGUUCUGGCAGACAUUCAGGAUUUUGAGAUCAUCUUGCACCGAGUGGAGUGGGCCACGCUGCUGUUUUUUGCCGGCCUCUUCGUUUUGAUGGAGGCUUUAGCCCAGCUGCAGCUUAUUGACUAUAUCGGAGAACAGACAGCACUGCUUAUAAAAGCGGUGCCAGAAGACCAGCGCUUGGCUAUAGCCAUUAUCUUGGUGAUGUGGGUCUCGGCUCUGGCUUCUUCUCUCAUUGACAACAUUCCCUUCACUGCCACCAUGAUUCCUGUUCUCAUCAACCUGAGUCAGGAUGCAGAUGUGAACCUGCCAGUUAAACCGCUCAUCUUUGCUUUGGCUAUGGGAGCCUGUCUGGGUGGAAAUGGCACAUUGAUAGGAGCAUCAGCCAACGUUGUGUGUGCAGGCAUCGCUGAGCAACAUGGAUAUGGCUUUUCCUUCAUGGAGUUCUUCAAGCUGGGAUUCCCCAUGAUGAUAAUGACAUGCAUGAUCGGCAUGUGCUACCUGCUGGCCACGCACAUCGGACUGGGAUGGAACAUGUGAACUGUACCUGCUGCACAGAAAUCCAAAGAAACUGUGUGACCACUCCUCCAAGAGUCUGAGUUCACUGUAACGUGAUGUGUAACCUGACUGCUCAGUUUACCGGCAUUAUAUGAAGCAUUGCAGCCAUAUUUUUCAAAGCACGGAAAAGUGGUGUCUUUGAGUAAAGUGUAGACCAUCAGGGACCAGAUUUAUCUGAGCUUUGACCAAAAUGCAAGAAAUUUCUGAAACAAAAAUGUCACCGGUCCAUUAUGGUGUACAUGGUGCUAUGGCUUCACAGGGUAAAAUAACUAGUGUAAGCAUUUGAAGGUGUGCUCGCUGAUGUCAGACUGUCCGUUCUUUUGGAAACAGACAAAAAAGAAACAAAAAAAGAAAAAAGUGGCCUGUUUAGAAAACCAAUCACGAACAUUACACCAGUGGUUUACCAAACUUCUGUUUAUAUUUACAACAAGAUCCAGUGAAAGGGAUUUUCUAAUGGUUUGUGUCAAAGGCAGCAUCAAUUUAACUGCAAAGAACCGAUGAGACAAGAAAGCAGUUGUAGACUGUGGUCGAAGCAUUGUAUACCACCUAGUGGAUUGUGUACAUGUAAACUCACUGAUUUAUUUCAGCAAUCAUAUUCAUCAUGUAAAUGCUCUCAAUGCACUGAACAGCAUCUUCUUACUUUAUCUGUUUUUCUGUAUGCGUUGUACAGCCCAACAUCCUGAACAGCCAAAAGGAGAACGAAAAAAAAAAUCGAGGAAUAAAUUUGCGUGUAAGAAUUUAUAUUUAUUACAGAUGCUCAUCAGGGAAACACAGACUUUAGACACUAUUGAAAAACUUUAGACUCGUCUAUUCUGCAGCCAGAGGUCAAAAGACCUUCCAGGAAUGGUGAUGCUAUUUUCCAGAGGAUUGACUGUUGAUCCCUAAUCUGGAACCUAACCAGCUCCAAAAGGUACUAUGGCGAUAUAGUCUGGUAAGUGAACCACCUACUUAGCAGAGUAAACCCUGAAGUUCCUUGGAUAAGCCCAAAACCUGCACAAGCCAGUGUACUCCUAGUGUCGGUCCCAAGCCCAGAUAAAUGGGAUCCGGGACAGAAUCUUUGCCAAGUCAAACGUGCAGCUCAUGAAGAAUGUGAUUCCCUAAUCAAUCGUUAGUUGAUCAGGGUGCCACCGCAAACUGCUACUGUUUGCUGAACACAAAGAGGAGAGGGUGAAGAUUCGUGGAUGUAGUUAAGAGAACAUGCAGAUGAUUGGUGUGACAGAGGAGGAUGCUAGGGAUAGGGUGAGAUAGAAGCAGAUGCUCAGAUGUGCAGAUGUGGCGACACCUGAAAAGAAGCAGCUGAAUGAAGAAGAGGAAGGGUUUUGGUACAGUAGAAAACAAACUGCGUUUCUUGUUUCUGUGUGGGAAAUGCUUUCUGGCUCUUCAGUUAGACUGACUCUCUCGAGCUACAUUCACAGCUCUACUUUCACCGUUUACCAGCAGUGAGAGAGUAAAACUGACUCUUGUUUUUCCUUUAAUGAGUCAGGCUCCAGGCCAGCAAAACUCCAGCAGCACAGAUCGAUGUACAGCAUGCAGUUCCUGUAGGACUGCUGUUCCAUAUUAACACUUUUUACUCCCAGGGGAACGUGAAGUGGGGGACACCUCAGCUGGUUAGAGUCACUGGAAAUAUGUAGCAUCCACUUUGUUGCCCCUGUCGAACUGUGCUCAGGAUCACGGGUAGUUAAUUAAAGACCUCAGAGAGCUCUAUCAUUAUACAUUAAUGUAUUUAAUGUGUUUCAGGAUUUAGAGUCAUCUAUAGCUGGAGGCUCAACCUGCUUUUUUCAUCUCCACUAAACUUUAAAACCUCUCUUUCUCUGACACACACAGUCACACGCUGUCAAGAGUGUUUUUAGCAUGGGAUGACAAUGACAGCCCGUCUGCCAGCAGAUCUACCAGGAUCUGAAAUACUUCACUAUUUACUCAGUGGAUCACCCUGAUUUUUUUCCUUUAAACAGAGAGUUGUGGUUGCCAGAUGAUGAAAAAAAAUUUGUAAAAGUGAUCCCUCAUUCAUCUAAUUUGUCCCUUGUGGAGGUGACUCUUGGUAUCCCUUCCCAGGCGCUUCAACCUGCACUCACACCUUCCCUCAGGUGAUCGAUACUGCAAAACAUCCAAAAUCCCAAAGGGGGAUCUCUGAGCCAGCAAGCUCUUGUUUUUGGUUGAAUUUUGCACCCUGUCAUAUCUACUGAGUUUUUAGUGCUUUCCUCUCACGUCUUCUGUGUUCCCCCAUCUCUGUCUUCAUGUUGGCAUUAGGUCUUCAUCUCACACUUCUGGCAAACGCUGUUACAAGGUUACGUCCUGUUUUACUCUGAAAGUUAGUUUCCUCACGCAUCUUGUUUUUGUUUUACUUCCUGCUUUUUUCCCUUCUGAUCUCAUCAGUGUUACUAGUUUAAUUUCACAUGUGCUUUUUACUUAUCCAUUUCUCAUUUUGCAAUAAGCCCUCUGGGUGUUUAUAAUCUCUGUUUCUUAGUCCAGUUUGGACUUUUUGACUGUUUUAUUACAGAAUUAAGCUUCAUAGGUCAUAUACAAAACAAAGAUUUUUCUUCAGCACCGACAAACAUUUGUCCAAUUAGGCUGACACAGCUGCAGAGGCUUGCAUCCUGGCUGACACGGAGACACUUUUUCUGUUGUUUGCUUUGCUGUUUUGCAUAACUGCUGACAUUUUGUUAGAGCUGGAGCUAAUCCAGCUCUUCUGUGAGCCACUUAUCUGGUGUUCAGUUUGGUCAUUCUCAAUGACAGUUGAAGCAUAUUUAUUGUGGUCACUGACCCCAAUAAUAUUUUCCAGAAAUCCAAAGAGAGUAUUACAAUAAACGGACAAUUUUUAAACUAUUGUUAUCAGACAACUACUGUGAGAAUUCAUGGCCUUUGCUCUCUUAGUUUUCCUCCCUGGAUGUGAUGUGCUCACCUUUAAACGCUCAGAAGUGACGCACAACUAUGAUCCUUCCUGUUUUGCCUGAACAACAUUCAGAUGUAAAAGCUCCUUUGAUUAGACAGAGCAUGGCUGCGUUAAGGAGACCUGGAGAUGACAUUCAAAGAUCAGGAUGACUUCCUAUCAGAGCUGCUCACUGAUGCAUACGCUGAGAAAUGUCUGCCAUGUUUCAGGAGGUUUCCACAGAGUUCUGCACUUUUGGGCCUUUCUCCAGCUGAGCAGGCUGAGUCAGGCAGCCUGCCUGCGUGUACCAGAUAAAAUAAAAUAUUCAUCUGGUUCUCCUGGGCUUCCCAUAUGUUAAUGGACUGAACAGAUAACAUUCUGAUAACAAAACUGUAGCAGUUUGUGAUGCUCAUGAAAAUAUCAGCCCUGUUCACCUUUUCAUACCUUCUUUUUCUUGGGAUUGUCUGUGUCUUUCCAACCCAUUGUGAAAUACUUUUUUUUUUUUUAGCUAUGCAUUACUCAGGUUUAAAGCAGACAUACUCUGUCAGAGUGACACUGAGAAAUGCUUUGCUGACAAAUGCGAAACACGAGAUGAACUAUGCUAAGCUAACAAGCUAAUGGAGGAGUUAAGAGAAGAGUGGAAGCUGCUGCCAUCUUUCACUAACCCAGCAUUGAUGAAUGCAAGAAAAGGACGUAGUCCGCAUCCUUCGGAGGACCCGGCCUUCACGGUCUACGUGGCCCGGGUCCUUCGAAGACCAAGAAAACUGGAAGUGCGAGACUGUGAAAUGUGACAGUCUAGCUUUCAGAUUUG